UUUUUUACAACAUCCUCAUCCAUGGCCGCCGGAUCAGUUGCCUUUGUUUUGGGUUUGAUUGCAGUGGUUUUUCUUCACCCUGCCACCGCUCAGUCGACGGUUCAUAUCGUCGGCGACAACACCGGUUGGAGUGUUCCAUCGAGCCCCAAUUUCUAUUCUCAAUGGGCUGCUGGAAAGACCUUCCGCGUUGGCGAUUCUCUCCAAUUUAACUUUCCAGCCAAUGCCCACAACGUACAUGAAAUGGAAACAAAACAGUCGUUUGAUGCAUGUAAUUUUGUCAAUUCUGAUAACGAUGUCGAGAGGACAUCUCCAGUGAUAGAGAGACUCGACGAACUCGGCAUGCAUUACUUUGUUUGCACCGUUGGAACACAUUGUUCAAAUGGUCAAAAGUUAUCCAUCAAUGUCGUUGCUGCCAAUGCCACUGUUUCGAUGCCACCACCUUCAUCAUCGCCUCCUUCAUCAUCGCCUCCUUCAUCGGUGAUGCCACCACCGUCUCCUUCAUCCUCCAACGCACUUAUGGCAACCCUUUAUCUCACUUUCUCCGCCCUUCUUGUUAUGGCCUUCUUUUAGAUAUAUAUGUUAUGGAGUUUUCUUAAUUAAUUGCAUGUGAGAGUUUGAGAGAUAUUUAGUACUUAGGUGAGAUUGGAUUUCAUUUGUGUCUUCUCUUCCAUUUUUUUUUUCAAUUCUAGUUUUUGUCUCCAA